GAGCCAGCCGUGGUGGGCAGCGGCCCGGGCCCCGGCAUGGAGUGGGAGCUCAACUUGCUGCUCUACCUGGCUCUCUUCUUCUUCCUGCUCUUCCUACUUUUCCUGCUCCUCUACGUGGUCAUCAAACAGCUGAAGAACUCCGUGGCCAGCACGGCCGGGGCGCUGCAGCCCGGCCGCCUCUCCCUGCACCGGGAGCCCUGGGGCUUCUGCCGCGAGCAAGCCGUGUGACCCUCCCUCGCCUCCCUACCCUCCUCCUCCUCCUCCUCCUCCUCCUCGUCCU